UCGCCACUCCCCCUUUCCACUCGUUCGCUUGCUAAUUUUCUUGCCUUUUAUUCUUCCCGUGGCGUUGGCUGGUCUUGCUCUGCUGCCGAGUUAGCGUGAGCGGCAUCAAACAGUCAUCAUGUCGUCCAAAGUAUCCAGGGAGACCCUUUACGAGGGCGUGGAGGCUCUGCUGAAGCACUCCGAAGAAAAGAAAAAGAACUUCUUGGAAACGGUCGAGCUGCAGAUCGGCCUGAAGAAUUACGAUCCCCAGAAGGACAAGCGUUUCAGCGGCACUGUGAAGCUCAAACACAUUCCUCGUCCCAAGAUGAGCGUUUGCAUCCUUGGUGACCAGCAGCACUGCGACGAGGCUAAGGCCAACGAGGUGCCUUUCAUGGACGCCGAGGCUUUGAAGAAGCUUAACAAGAACAAGAAGGCUGUUAAGAAAUUGGCCAAGAAGUACGACGCUUUCCUCGCGUCCGAGUCUCUCAUCAAGCAGAUCCCACGUCUGCUGGGUCCUGGUCUGAAUAAGGCUGGUAAAUUCCCUGGUCUCCUCACUCACCAGGAGUCCAUGAUGAUGAAGAUCGACGAAGUCAAGGCCACCAUCAAGUUCCAGAUGAAGAAGGUCUUGUGUUUGUCCGUGGCUGUCGGCAACGUCGGCAUGAGCGCUGACGAUCUUGCUCAGAAUGUGCAUCUGAGCAUCAAUUUCUUGGUGUCUCUUCUGAAGAAGCACUGGCAGAAUGUGCGUUCUCUGCACAUCAAGAGUACCAUGGGACCACCCCAGAGAUUGUACUAAGUGUCUAAUACAAUUGACUUUUGAAAAACAA